AAUUUCAUGUUUAUUUGAGUUAUUUCUUCACCCUCAGCAUCUCAUGCCUAGCAGCGCCUCCCUCUAUGAACCUCACAGCAUUAAAGAGAGACACAAAUUAAGCUACAACCUUAGUUUGUCGGUUUUCCCUUCUCCAGGAAAAGGAAAAAAUAAGAAGCGAAAAGUUUCUUUCUGUUUUCUGUGAUAUCCUAUCUUUGUUCCUUGUGGGAAUCUAAUUCCUCAAAGUGGUGUUAGAAACAAAUAUAUUUUGAGGAGGACCUCGGGUACUCAAUUGGCCUGUUGAUGAAAUGUGCAAGAGGGGUGUGAGGAAAAUAGCUAGCUGUGUGAUGAAUUGAAUCGAGAUUGAGUUUGGAGUUGAAUUGAAUUUUGAAUUGAGUUUGGUAUUGGAGCAUGUGAUUUGGAAUUUGGAGUGGGAAAGAGCAAAGGGAUGGCUGGGGAUGGGAGUGUCGUCCCUGCAGACCCAGGGGCAAUGACAGUUGUAAAGAAGAAGACACAGUCUUCGAGGAGUUGGAUUCUGAUUGAUGCUACUGGACAUGGUUCAUUGCUCGACGUUGACAAAUAUGCAAUCAUGAAUCGGGUUCAGAUUCAUGCGCGUGAUCUCAGAAUCCUUGAUCCUUUGCUCUCUUAUCCCUCCACCAUUCUCGGUCGUGAGAAGGCUAUUGUUCUUAACUUGGAGCAUAUCAAAGCAAUUAUCACCGCUGAAGAGGUAUUGCUGAGAGAUCCAACAGAUGAAAAUGUGAUCCCGGUUGUCGAGGAACUGCAGAGGCGGUUGCCUCGAUUAAGUGCCGGUCUUCAACAGCAAGGAGAUGGUAAAGAGUAUCUUGGAGGCCAAAAUGACGCUGAAGCAGCGGAAGAAGAUGAGUCACCCUUUGAAUUUCGGGCACUGGAGGUUGCUUUAGAAGCCAUUUGUAGUUUUCUUGCUGCACGUACAACAGAAUUGGAGAUGGCAGCUUAUCCUGCAUUAGAUGAACUUACCUCCAAGAUUAGCAGUCGUAAUUUGGACAGAGUUCGUAAACUGAAGAGUGCAAUGACAAGGCUGACUGCUAGAGUUCAAAAGGUCAGAGACGAGCUUGAACAAUUGCUGGAUGAUGAUGAUGAUAUGGCUGACCUAUACCUGUCAAGAAAAGGUGGUUCAUCAUCACCAGUCAGUGGUUCAGGUGCUGCAAAUUGGUUUGCUGCCUCCCCCACCAUAGGAUCAAAGAUAUCUAGAGCCAGUAGAGCAAGUCUAGCAACAGUUCGUUUAGAUGAAAAUGAUGUGGAAGAGCUGGAAAUGUUACUAGAGGCUUAUUUUAGUGAAAUUGAUCACACAUUGAACAAGUUAACCACGCUGCGAGAGUACAUUGACGAUACUGAAGAUUAUAUUAAUAUUCAACUUGACAAUCAUCGUAAUCAGCUUAUUCAGCUAGAGCUCUUUCUUAGCUCUGGAACUGUGUGUCUAUCUUUCUACGCUUUGGUAACUGCUAUAUUUGGGAUGAAUAUCCCAUAUACUUGGAACCAAAACCAUGGUUACAUGUUCAAAUGGGUAGUUAUCACCGCAGGAUUAUUUUCUGCUUUGACGCUUGUCACGAUUACUGCUUAUGCUCGCAAAAAGGGAUUAAUUGGAUCUUGAAAAUAAUUGAUAGAAAAGGAGUGCCGAAUGAACUUUGACUUAUGCAUAUAAUAGUCUAAUGAAUUAUGUUGUACAACAUUUUAUUAGAUAUAGUUCAACUUGUGGUUCAGUAUCAACAACCCGUUAAAGGAUCUGGUCCUAAGUUGAUGUGAAAAUUGAGGGGUUUUGGAUCAACUACAGUCCCUAGUUCUCUGGAUUCCGUCAUUGUUAUAAUAGACUGUAAAUACAUUCUGCAGAUUCAAAGUUGAUUCUUCCUUUUCAAUAA